AUGGAUUACAAUGAGUUCUUCGCUUUUCUUCGGGAGAUAAUUCUUGUACCACAUGGUACCAAGGAAAGAAUUAAGAUCGGAAAACUUCCUAAAACAUUGAUUCACACCAUUUACAGCAAUUUGACAACAUUUAAUGAAAUCGGUCCAGCGGUGUGGGUUGAACAAGGCCUUUGCAGUGUGGACGAUAUAAAAUGGUGUGCCAGCUUGACUUGCCAGUGUGAUAAUCGGCAUCUAGCGGAUCACAACUAUUUCUUGGAUCGAGAUUUGCCACCUAGUCCGUCUCAAAUGUGUGAUACAGUUCAGCUGGAUCUGAGUAUUACGGUUUCACGAUAUGAGGAAAUGCUUCGGCCGAAAAAUUACCUCCUAAAUGUAUGGAUCACGUUAAAAUCAGGUGAAGUGGAACGUGAAAAGUGUUUGCCCGAGACAGUUUUAGUGGAUACUGCUGUUUCACACAAACGUCGAAGAACAAGACCUUAA